GUGAACAGCAAGGAAAUGCACAGUGGAAACCAGACUUCUGUGUCUCACUUCAUUUUGGUGGGCCUGCACCACCCACCGCAGCUGGGGGUGCCGCUCUUCCUGGCUUUCCUGGUCAUCUAUGCCCUCACUGUCUCUGGCAACGGGCUCAUCAUCUUCACCGUCUUGGUGGACACCCGGCUUCACCGCCCCAUGUACUGGUUCCUGUGUCAUCUCUCCUUCUUGGACAUGACCGUUUCCUCUGCCAUUGUCCCCAAGAUGCUAGCUGGCUUUGUCUUGGAUAGCAGGGUCAUCUCCUUUGGAGGCUGUGUAAUCCAACUCUUUUCUUUCCAUUUCCUGGGCUGUACUGAAUGCUUCCUUUACACGCUCAUGGCUUAUGAUCGCUUCUUGGCCAUCUGUAAGCCUUUACAUUAUGCCACCAUCAUGACCCGGAACGUCUGUAAUUACCUGGCCUUGGGCACCUGGCUGGGAGGUACCCUCCACUCACUUUUCCAAACAAGCUUCAUAUUCCGGCUGCCCUUCUGUGGCCCAAACCAGGUAGACUACUUCUUCUGUGACAUUCCCGCCAUGCUGCGUCUAGCCUGUGCUGAUAUCACCGUCAAUGAGCUGGUCACCUUUGUGGACAUUGGGUUCUUGGCCCUCACCUGCUUCAUGCUCAUCCUCACUUCCUAUGGGUAUAUAGUGGCUGCCAUCCUGCGAAUCCAGUCCGCUGAUGGGCGCCGCAACGCCUUCUCCACCUGUGCUGCCCACCUCACUGUUGUCAUUGUUUACUAUGUGCCCUGCACCUUCAUUUACCUUCGCCCUGGCUCUCAGGAAACCCUGGAUGGAGUGGUCGCCGUCUUCUACACUGUCAUCACCCCCUUGCUUAACCCCAUCGUCUACACGCUCCGCAACAAAGAGAUGAAGGCAGCAUUGUGGAGGCUGGGAGGUCGCAAGGAUGUGCUGCCUCACUGACUCAGGCAUUGCAGACGUGCAGAAGACACUAGAAUUUAGGGCACCAGAUGGGACAUCCGUAACCGGGGAGUUUUUAAGACAGAGAGGAAAGAAGGAUCCAUGCAGAGAGUAGAAACUCCUAGGUGCAGAGGUGGAAACUCAAGAAAGUUUCCUGCUUUCAGACAUGAUUUUUCCAUAUUUGUUCUUUCAAUUCCAAUGGAGAUCAGGAAAACAACUCAGCAAGGAUGGCAGCUUGUGGAAAAAAUCCAAGAUAAGUAAAAUAUCCACAUAAAAAGCCUGUUUCUCUGUGGCAUCAACCUACAUGUUUAUUAUUGUUUCUAAGCCUUGAGCUGAUACCCAUAUUGCUUUUUACAUGUUACAAAUAACUUUCAUGCAAAACUUGAAUUCAAGUUUCUCCAAUGUUAAAAAUAGAAACUAAGGGGGCACCUGGGUGGUUUAGUCAGUUAAGCUUCCACCUUUGGCCCAGGUCAUGAUCUCA